CGACUCCACAGCCAGCCAAAGGCGAAAGAGAACGAACGCCAGCCAGUUUGUUUGCCAGUGUGGUUUGUGUUGCAGUGGAAGUGGCAGAGACUCUGUUGUUGUCCAUCGGAGGAGAAAGAAAGCAAGCAACAACAACAACAAGGUUUGACGGUUCUUUUCUACCGCCAUCUAUGCGCGUGAAGCUUGUGUUUGCGGCCGGGCAGCCGGCGCCGUUGUGGCUGGAAGUGAGCGAUGUCGAAAGCGCCAACACCAUCAAGGAUGUGGCACAGCACGUGCGCAAGCUGACCAAGCUGAAAGCGCCAGUCACGCUGUACUUGGACGGCUGUCCCUUGCGCGACGACCAAUCUACAUCCGUUCUUCGCGACAACGACUGCCUCUGGGUGUUUGGCAACGGCGAGCGGGCACCACAGGCGUAUCCGACGGUGGUGCCGUUUGGCGGCAUGCAGCCAUCGUGGAAUCUGCAGUCCCUUCUCUCCCAAGCAGCCAACCCUUUCGCCAUGCCCUCGUUCCCUGCAAUAGCCCCGAUGCCGUCUUCCACGCCAAAGCGCAGAAGCAGCAGCACCGGUAUAGUGACGGGAUCAGAGGCGCAAUGCAGUGAGGACGCUGACGCACGUGAGUCGGCAGCAAAGCGAGCCAAGACCACGAAGCAAAAGAAGCAGAAGAAGCAAGAAAAGAAGCAGGAACAGCAAGACGAGCAGGAUGCCGGGCAAGCCGCGGAUGACAAGCAGCACAAGAAGGACAAAGCGAAGAAGAAGAAGGACAAGACAAAGGAUGGCAAGGACAAAGGCAAGAAAUCAAACAAGAAGACGGCCAAGGAAACCACACCAGAUACACUCGCACAACAGAGCAACAAGACAAGCGAACAUGGCACACCAUCAGUGCAGCUGGCUGCGGACACAGCAGCAUCGGCUUCAAGCACGGCUGGAGCGAUGGACACAACGGCAGACUCCGUUGCAGACACGAGCGCUGCUGGUGAUGGAGACGCCAGCGAAGCAGACACGCCGCAGACGGGGAAAAGGCGAAGAAGGAGGCGAGGGCGGAGAGGGCGCAGGGGACGAGGGAAGAAGGACCAGCAGGAGGGCGAGGGUGAUCGUGAUCGUGAAGAGGAAGGGACCAAGGAGACGGCUGGGGACGCGUUGGGCGCAACACCACAGAAAAAGACGCCAGCGAGGAAGACCAACUCGACAGCAGAAGUGACGCCGAAACGAGCAAGUGGCAUGGCCAGCACGCCCGCAACGCCUCACGCGCCCUCGAACACAUCCGCGAUGGCAGUACCAAAGCCAGGAACACAAGCACAAGCAACAUCAGCGUCAACACCGGCAAUGAUGGUGGGGGCAGCGACACACGAUGGUGUUGGUGUUGGUAGCGAUGUUGGUGACUAUUCGGCGUGGCCGGAGGUGACGGGAGAGCCGAAGCAGGGCGACCGCCUCGCAAUCAAGGUGCUGGAGAUGUCGGAGACAUAUUCCCCGCAGGUGUCAGACUUCAAGGAGUGCGAGGUUGUUGCGAUUGACCCGGCCGCCAACGUCAUCUCCGUCCGUCUCGCGCCGCACGUCCCGCUCGCGCCGCAAACGAAUGGAAAGUUUGACUUGACCACACACGAUGAUGAUGGCGAUGGUGAUGAUGGUGGCGGUGAUCGUGUUGUCGAGUACUUUAUCACGAGCAUUCACGACAUGCGCAUGUGCCCGCCAUCGACAAACUGAAGCUGCCUCCUCGUGUGUGUGCGUGUGCGUGUAUGUGUGUGUAUGUGUGUGUGUGUGUGUGUGUG